AUGGACGUUAAAAGUGCAUUUCUAAACGAUGUUCUUCAAGAAGAAGUCUAUGUAGAACAGCCAAAGGGCUUUCAAGACCCCCAUCAUCCCCACCAUGUGUACAAGCUGAAAAAGGCUCUAUAUGGGCUCAAGCAGGCUCCUCGAGCAUGGUAUGAGCGUCUAACUACUUAUCUCUUGACUAAGGGAUUUACUCGGGGACAAGCUAAUCGAACUCUAUUUAUCAGAAAUCAAGGCUCAACUUUUCUUUCAAGAUUCGUGACCCAACAAGAAAUAUAUCGAUGAGUUGGUGCUGGGCUAGCCAAAAAUCAAAGUUUAUCAGAAGCUUAGUCUAAAAUUCCUGAAAAAUUAUCUUUUUAUGAUUACAUCGGCAAUAAUCACAAAGGGGGAUUAUUCAGAGCGGGCUCAAUGGACAACGGGGAUGGAAUAGCUAUUGGGUGGUUAGGACACCCUAUCUUUAGAGAUAAAGAAGGUCAUGAACUUUUUGUAUGUCGUAUGCCUACUUUUUUUGUAACAUUUUUGGUUGUUUUGGUAGACAAGGACGGAAUUGUUAGAGCCGAUGUUCCUUUUCGAAGGGCAGAAUCGAAGUAUAGUGUCGAACAAGUAGGUGUAACUGUGGAGUUCUAUGGUGGCAAACUGAAUGGAGUUAGUUAUAGUGAUCCUGCUACUGUGAAAAAAUAUGCUAGACAUGCUCAAUUGGGAGAAAUUUUUGAAUUAGAUCGCGCUACUUUGAAAUCCGAUGGUAUUUUUCGUAGUAGUCCAAGAGGUUGGUUUACUUUACAUGCUUCGUUUGCUCUACUCUUCUUCUUCGGACACAUUUGGCAUGGUUCUAGAACCUUGUUCAGAGAUGUUUUUGCAGGUAUUGACCCAGAUUUGGAUGCUCAAGUAGAAUUUCGAGCAUUCCAAAAACUUAGGGAUCCAACUACAAAAAGACAAGUAUCAACGGCUCUCAAUGAAUACAAAAUAGGAUUUAUUGCUACACAAACCGUUGAGGAUAGUUCUAGAUCUGGUCCAAGACGAACUAUUGCAAGGGAUUUAUUGAAACCAUUGAAUUCGGAAUAUGGUAAAGUAGCUCCCGGUUGGGGAACUACUCCUUUAAUGGGUAUCGCAAUGGCUCUAUUUGCGAUAUUCCUAUCUAUUAUUUUGGAGAUUUAUAAUUCUUCCAUUUUACAGUUUACCUAUCUCGAUAAAUUCUAUGAUUGGUUUGAAGAACGUCUUGAGAUUCAGGCAAUUGUAGAUGAUAUAACUAGUAAAUACGUUCCUCUGCAUGUCAAUAUAUUUUAUUGUUUAGGCAAAAUUACGCUUACUUAUUUUUCAGUACAAGUAGCUACAAGAUUUGCUAUGACUUUUUACUAUUGCCUGAUCGUUACUGAGGCUUUUGCUUCUAUUCAAUCUAUAAUGACUGAAGCAAACUUUGGUUGGUUAAUCUGAUCAGUUCAUCAAUGGUCGGCAAGUAUGAUGGUCCUAAUGAUGAUCUUGCACGUAUUUCGUGUGUAUCCCACCGGUGGUUUUAAAAAACCUCGUGAAUUGACUUGGGUUACAGGUGUGGUUUUUGCUGUAUUGAUCACAUCUUUUGGUGUGACUGGUUAUUCCUUGCCUCGAGAUCAAAUUGGUUAUUUGGCAGUAAAAAUUGUAACAGGCGUACCGGAACCUUUUCCUAUAAUAGGAUCGCCUUUGGUAGAGUUAUUACAUAUAAGUGCUAAUGUAGGACAAUCCAUUAUGACUCGUUUUUAUAGUUUACACACUUUUGUAUUACCUCUACUUACUGCCAUAUUUAUGUUAAUGCACUUCCCAAUGAUACGUAAGCAAGGCAUUUCUAGUCCUUUAUAGAGAAUAAAGAAUAGAAUAUAGAUCAUAGAUAUUUGUAAUCAGUCAUUUAUCACUUCACUCAAGGUAGAAACAAUAGGAUUUCAUUGCUAUAAAUAUGGAUUAUUGAAAGAAUAAAACAUGUAUUUGGAUAUUUCCCUUCAACCCCACUGUAUUAUUUAUUUGACACUAAUGGAUGAAGUGAAUUCUCUGAAGAGAAAAUGGAUUAUGGGAGU